CCGAGACCUAAGACGGAGGGAGUAAAAUAAGGGGGAUAAUUUGGGUUUUGUUUCAUCAUGGUUACAUCCAAUGUAUAUAAGCAUCUGUGGACUUAAAUUCUCUGAUUAAUAUGAUCCAUCAUAUUCCUUUGUUCCUGUGAAACUGUUUUUCCUACUUUCGAUCGAAAUAAAGUUAUUGCGAAUACAGAACUAAAAUCCAACUAUCAUCCACAGUCAAACGCACAAUCAUAUAUGGCCAAUACACAUAUAUCUAAACUUUCAUACUUGGGAGAUCCUCUGGGCUUUGAAUUUCCUUCUUCAGAAGAAUCGUUAUUACCAAAUGAUGAAGAGCAGGAGAAGAUUGAACGUGCCGGAUCGAUAUUCAUCAAGUCUGGCAUGAAAAAAGUAUCUCCAUUUCCAACAGUUUCGGAGGGAUCAGAGCGAACGACUGGCAAACACAUUUUUGCAGCAAUUAUUACCGGAAAAGGUCAAGCUGAUCCUGCAAAUAAUAGUAAGACGGAAGAGAUGGAGGAAAAUGGCAUUGAAGAUAACAAAAGUGAUGCGAUAGUUGAUAAAACAUUUGAGAAAGAGUCAUCAGAGAAGACACGGUCAAACACAGAAGAGUCACAUUAUGAAGACCAACGUACUUUUCUGCCCCAAAACUCAUUGAUCAGGAAAAGGGCAUCCCUACGGCAGGUCAAUUCUAUCAGCUCCUUUGUCAAUCCUUAUCUGCGGGACAGCUUACUUAGAAAACAUCAAAAAGAGAUUGCAAACGACGAAAAUUUGAGCAAAAGGGUGCAAUCAAUGGAAUUGGGGGUUAGAGCAAGCCCUGAAGUUGCUGAUCUUGCCGAGUUAGAGGAAGAGGAUGUUGAGUCUGAAAUUGAUAAGGAUAAACUUGAAAUUCCGAGAAGAAGUUCCAAACGUAUAACAAGAUUGCAAAGUAUCAAAAAAUGGAGUCAGCUGACUCGGAAUAGCUCCAUGGCCCAUCGAAACAGAAAUCUGAGCAGAAGCAACACCAAGAAAUCUGUAAAUACGCUUGCCAAUGACCCCAAGAGGUACCGUCACAGCUUCAAAAGUGUUGACCUAUCAGGUUUGGAUCAGAUUCUUGUAGAGUUGAUGAAUGUCAAGGAAGGGUCCGCGAUCAAUACUCGCCAGAACUCGACACAUAGCAAAACGAGUAUUCGAAAUGCCCAUGAAAACUUAGUCAAAGAUGAGUCUAGUGAGGUGAACGUAAAACCGUUCAACGUCAGUAAGAGCAUUUCUCGGAAUCGGAGUCUGAAAAGAAGUAUCACUACAGCGAAAAAUGAGAUGAAAACGAUUUCAGAGCACUCCUACGCCUCUUCUGAACCUAGCAGAACCCACCAUCAGGAGACCGGUCUUCCUGGUGGGAAGGAGAGCGUGAAGGUGGAUAGUGGAUGUGAGUUGAAAAGGUCGAAUGCGGUGAAACGUAAGCCUGUGUUGAUUGAGUACUUGCUCAAGAUACUGAGAGCGUUCAAAGAGGCUGGUAAGAAGUGCUGGAGAGUGAUCAAGAGUCCGACAAGGAAGAAUGUGGCGUUCAAGGGGAAGAAGGCUCCAGGCACGCCGAAAAGAGGCCACAAGAAGAAAAUGACGAUCAGUGAGCCCGUGUUGGUGGACAUUGCAGACACGCCAUUUGGCUCGCAAGUCAUCAAUAUGGGAGAUGCGGGGCCAGCAUCGGCAGCGUCUGCUGCCGCAUCGCCAUCGUCGAGUGCGCCAUCGGCGGCGGUGACCAGCGGUUCCAGCAAGAGCGCAGCAGCAGCUGUGCCGGUCACGGAAAGACUAAGCACAAUUGCGUCCAUGGGCGAGGACGAGAAGAGCAAGCACUUCUCUGUCGAGGACGGGGCUGCCCGCGGGGAGCCGGACCGCCUGGAGGAGCUGUGGAGACAAUACCUGAGUGCGACGAUCCGGAACCGGAUCGACAUGAAGCUGGACGUGUCCAAGCUCGACUACAUCGAGCGGGUGAAGUCCAUCCAGAGCCACCCGUCCCGCCGGGAGUCGAUCGAGCGGAGCGGGAACGUGCAGGUGGAGAAGAUCCUGGACAGAUACAUCGUCUCUGCGGAAAGCAGCCGGGCCUCCACCAUCACGGCCAGCGUCAGCAGCGUGGCAGACAGCAUGGUGACUGCGCCGCUGUACCGGUCGUCGUCCGAGGCGGCGUCCUCGCACACCCGCGUGUCCACGCGGACGUGGGCCACCAUCGACAGCGACAGCGACGCCGCCUCCACGAGCAGCGUCUCCACCAUAGAGGAGGAAAGCGACUUCGACGGCCUGCGAUCCGGCCGCUCGUCUGUGUCCUCGCUCGACCCGACCCAACCCUCCGAGGACGUGAGCGACGUCUACGACGACUACAGCAUGCUCUCGGACGCGGACGACCCCGCCGCCCGCCACAGCGACGCCGGCGUCGCCACCGCCACAGGCACCGUCGCCAGCAGCUACACGCUGGGCCACAAGCCGUCUGCACGCACCCUCAAGCCGUCUGCACGCAUCCUCAACCUCCAGGGCGUGCUGACCCGCCGCAACAGCGCCGUCUCCAGGACCCGUCUUGGCGGCAGCGUCUACUCGACCAGCGUGUGUUCCGCCCCCGACACCGACCGCUCCGACGCCUUCUCCUUCACCCGCAGCGUCCCCAGCGUGUGCCGCGUGUAACCCGUAUAACUCAUCUUUAUAGACACAACGACCCAUUUGUAAUCGCACCCUGCCCACUGUCAUCCGCCGACGACCGCGUCAGCUUUUUUCUUCCCUUUCCGAACGCCGGCACGCCUGACGCCCGCCAGGCCCGAACGCCGAACACCGAACCAGCACCGACCACGCAGCCCGGACCGCCUUUGCGGUGGUUUGCCCCGUGGUUGUCAGCGCCAGCCCGUGUGUGCCAGCCUCGGGGUUACGUGGGGCCGGGGCCAGCAGUAGCCAGACUCGGCGUGGAGAUAACCCCGGCGGCCGGGCGUUAAGCACUAUCGCCGCGCACCGGGAGCAGAU